AUGUCUGUUGUUCAAGACCGCCCACACCUUCCUCCUCUCCCUCGCUCAGCUUCGCUACCCAAGCCUAAGGGAAUCUUGAAGAAUGCGCCACAGACCCCUGGCGCGAACACGCACAGCUUGCAGUGGGACGAAGAGAACAUUGCCUUGACAGAAAUCCAGAAAGAUAGCCUUAUGAAGAUCACAGAGCCAAAGACACCAUAUGUUCGAUAUAACGCAGAGACUGACGAGGUUGAAGGCGAUAUCCCUAACCUCGAUUUGGGACUCGCCGCCUCCCCGGUGCAGGAACAUCACCCAGAGUCGCCAAUUUCAUCGACAGGCGCGGACACAUCUGGCCCAUCGUCUCGCCGGACCUCCAUCUCAAGCAACGGAAGGCCCGGAACUGCUAUGUCUGGACGUUCUGGAAGCGGAACUUCCAGCAGAAGCACCAGCUUCAAUCUUCCCAACGAUGCACGGAAUGUGAUCCGGGCUGACUCGAGAUCACCUGGUGAGGAGGUUGAGUUCGAAGAGGAGAUGGAUGAAGAGACUGCUGCGAAACAUGCGGCGUUCGUCCGUGCUCGUGGAAGGCACUACUCCAAUGAGGCAGAGGCCAUGAAGCGUGCUGCACAAAUGAUGGACGAGGAGGAGGAUGACGAAGCAGUACCGCCCCUUCCUCGACGCGAUCUUGCUGACGGUGACAGAGACACCGAGUCCGUGACCGACGAGAGUGGCACGGAGGCCAGCGAAACCACAGACAGCAUCCCAGGCAAGGUCAACGGCAUCGGACACGGAGCUUAA